GUUGGAGCAGAUGGUGUUGUAACUCUUUCAAAUGAAGCUCAAGGUAAUUAUUCGGUAAUGUUGAAAAUAUUAUUUCGAUUAACAUAUUUGCUUUGUUGUAGCUCAAUUAAUACAGAUGCAGGAACCAUUAGGAGUUUUGUUACGAGAAGGCGAGGUAAACCCUCAGUUUGUGUUGGGUAUGCUUGAUGAUUGGCAGCAAACCAUUGAAGGUAAAGAUAUCGAUGCUAUCCCAGUUAGUGUAUCAGAUGUUGCACUUGGAGACCCAAUUGCCAUCCCUUCUCUUAUGCCAGAAAAGAGAAAAAAGAAGUCUGGAGGCGCAAUUGAAUCGAAAAAAAGCACGAGCUUUCUGUCAUCUGUUGAACAAACUGUAGGACGCCCCAUUCAAACUUCUGUCUGUGUUGCUCACGCUCCAAAAAGUAAUCAGCCUCCACAACGCCCCACCCAAAUUCCUAUAGAGGUUGACGAAACUUCGGCAAGUGUUUCCCAAACUUCGACAUAUUUUGCUCAAACCAGGGCAAGUGUUGUCAAAACCACUGCAAAUAUUUCUUAAACCACGUCAAAUGCACACGUUAAUACAAGUAUUGCUCACGUUACG